AUGGGGUCUGGUCCUUGGUCUCUGCCACUGCCCCGCCUCUCCUCCGGCCCCGGGAACAGGAGGUGCCCUGGCAGGGGGCGCCUCGCCGGGGAGAGGCGCGGGGGCUGGAGCACCACCGACUGGAGGGUCCGGAGUAGCGAGCGCCCCGAAGGAGGCCAUCAGGGAGCCGGGAGGAGGGGGCUGCCGGGACCUCGAGGGGAGCCCGGGCCGCGAGGAGAGGCGGGACCCGCGGGGCCCACCGGGCCUGCAGGGGAGUGCUCGGUGCCUCCGCGAUCCGCCUUCAGCGCCAAGCGCUCCGAGAGCCGGCUGCCUCCGCCGUCUGAUGCUCCCCUGCCCUUCGACCGCGUGCUGGUGAACGAGCAGGGACAUUACGACGCCGUCACCGGCAAGUUCACCUGCCAGGUGCCUGGGGUCUACUACUUCGCCGUCCAUGCCACUGUCUACCGGGCCAGCCUGCAGUUUGAUCUGGUGAAGAACGGCGAAUCCAUUGCCUCUUUCUUCCAGUUUUUCGGGGGUUGGCCCAAGCCAGCCUCGCUCUCCGGGGGCGCCAUGGUGAGGCUGGAGCCCGAGGACCAAGUGUGGGUGCAGGUGGGUGUGGGUGACUACAUUGGCAUCUAUGCCAGCAUCAAGACAGACAGCACCUUCUCCGGAUUUCUGGUGUACUCUGACUGGCACAGUUCCCCAGUCUUCGCUUAAUGCCACUGCAAAGUGGGCUCACGCUCACUCCUAGGAGGAGGGUGUGACGCUGACAACCAGGUCAUCCAGGAGGGCUGGCCCCCCUGGAAUAUUGUGAAUGACUAGGGAGGUGGGGUAGGGGCCUCUCCGUCCUGCCGCUGGCAAGGAAUGGGGACAGUGGCUGUCUGCAAUCAGGUAUGGCAGCAUGGGGCAGUGACUGGAUUUCUGCCCAAGACCAGAGGAGUGUGCUGUGCUGGCAAGUGUGAGUCCCCCAGUUGCUCUGGCCCAGGAGCCCAUGGUGGGGUGCUCUCUUCCUGGUCCUCUGCUUCUCUGGAUCCUCCUCACCCCCUCCUGCGCACGGGGCCGGCCCUUUACUGAGAUCACUCAAUAAAUCUAAGAACACUC